CGCCGGGCGGCCGCGGGAGCUGCAGCCCGGAGUGUGCGGCACGCGCGGGCCGGCCGCCCCGAGCACUGUCACCCGCGCUGCUGCCACGGGACCCGCGCCCCGCCGAGCCGCGCGCACAGCAGCCAGGCGUCACCAUUUGCCUCCGACGAUUUUGGGGUUUUUUUUGCACGCAUCCUUUUUCUGUUCCGUUUUGUCCUUUUUAAGGCGGGGGCGGCGGCGGCGGCGGCGAAGGCUGGGACGGGGAGGGGCGGCCGGAGGAUGCGGCGCGGGACUGCGCUCGCUACGCCCGCUGCUGCUGCCCGGCUCGGGCCCGAGCGCCCAGCAGAUCUUGAGUAAUGUGAGGGCAGCAGCUGUUUCCGGUCACCGUCCACACUGGAGCUGCGAGCCCAGGAGAUGCACAGGCAGUGUUUGUGGAGCGAACGGACGGGCAGGGGAGGCGUCCUGGGUGAGGAGGCCACAUGAGCGGAGCCUUGCAGGGUCCCAAGUGAUGGUGGUUUCCACGGAGGGUGAGCUGAGUCCUGCGCGACUGGUGGGCCCGGCGGAGCUGGCGGCGGCGCCUGCGGGCUGGCGGGCGUGAGCGUGGACUCUCAGCGUCUCCCCGGGAGGAAGCAUGUCUAAGAAGGGCCGGAGCAAGGGCGACAAGCCCGAGAUGGAGGCGGACGCGGUGCAGGUGGCCAACGAGGAGCUGCGGGCCAAGCUGACCAGCAUUCAGAUCGAGUUCCAGCAGGAGAAGAGCAAGGUGGGCAAACUGCGUGAGCGGCUGCAGGAGGCCAAGCUGGAGCGCGAGCAGGAGCAGAGGCGGCACACGGCCUACCUCUCCGCGCUCAGGGCCAAGCUGCACGAGGAGAAGACCAAGGAGCUGCAGGCGCUGCGCGAGUCGCUCAUCCGCCAGCACGAGCAGGAGGCGGCGCGCACGGCCAAGAUCAAGGAGGGCGAGCUGCAGCGGCUGCAGGCCACGCUGAACGUGCUGCGCGACGGCGCGGCCGACAAGGUGAAGACGGCGCUGCUGGCCGAGGCGCGCGAGGAGGCGCGCAGGAGCUUCGACGGCGAGCGCCUGCGGCUGCAGCAGGAGGUGCUGGAGCAGAAGGCGGCGCGCAAGCAGGCGGAGGAGGCGCUCAGCCACUGCGUGCAGGCCGACAAGGCCAAGGCGGCCGACCUGCGCGCAGCCUACCAGGAGCACCAGGACGAGGUGCACCGCAUCAAGCGCGAGUGCGAGCGCGACAUCCGCAGGCUGAUGGAUGAGAUCAAAGGGAAAGACCGGGUGAUCCUGGCCCUGGAGAAGGAGCUGGGCGUGCAGGCCGGGCAGACCCAGCGGCUGCUGCUGCAGAAGGAGGCGUUGGACGAGCAGCUGGUUCAGGUCAAAGAGGCCGAGCGGCACCACAGCAGCCCCAAGAGGGAGCUGCCGCCGGGCAUCGGGGACAUGGCGGAGCUCCUGGGCGCCCAGGAUCAACACAUGGAUGAGCGAGACGUGAGGCGGUUUCAACUGAAAAUUGCGGAACUGAACUCGGUGAUCCGGAAGCUGGAAGACAGAAACACCCUCCUGGCAGAUGAGAGGAAUGAACUGCUGAAACGCUCCCGCGAGACCGAGGUGCAGCUGAAGCCGCUGGUGGAGAAGAACAAGAGGAUGAGCAAGAAGAACGAGGACCUGCUGCAGAGCAUCCAGCGGAUGGAGGAGAAGCUCAAGAAGCUCACGAGGGAGAACGUGGAGAUGAAAGAGAAGCUGUCCGCGCAGGCGUCUCUGAAGCGGCACACUUCCCUGAACGACCUGAGCCUGACGCGGGACGAGCAGGAGAUCGAGUUCCUGCGGCUGCAGGUGCUGGAGCAGCAGCACGUCAUCGACGACCUCUCUCUGGAGAGAGAGCGGCUCUUGCGCCCCAAGAGGCAUCGCGGGAAAGGCCUGAAGCUGCCCAAGAAGCAUGUUGUGGAGACAUUUUUUGGAUUUGAUGAGGAGUCUGUGGACUCGGAAACCUUGUCAGAGACGUCCUGCAACACAGACAGGACGGACAGGGCCCCGGCCACCCCCGAAGAGGACCUGGACGACACGACCACCAGGGAGGAGGCCGACCUGCGGUUCUGCCAGCUGACCAGGGAGUACCAGGCCCUGCAGCGGGCCUACGCCCUCCUGCAGGAGCAGGUGGGGGGCACGCUGGACGCCGAGCGGGAGGCCCGGACCCGGGAGCAGCUGCAAGCCGAUCUGCUGCGGUGUCAGGCCAAAAUUGAGGACUUGGAGAAGCUGUUGGCCGAGAGGGGUCAGGAUUCCCAGUGGGUGGAGGAGAAGCAGCUGCUCAUGAGAACCAACCAGGAGCUGCAGGAGAAGGUGCACCGGCUGGAGGUGGAAGAGCGCCAGCUGAAGAGCGACAUGCAGGACGCGCGGGACCAGAACGAGCUGCUCGAGUUCAGGGUGCUCGAGCUCGAAGAGAGAGAGCGGAGGUCGCCCGCGUUUAACCUCCAAAUCGCCAGCUUCCCCGAGAACCACAGCAGCGCCCUCCAGCUGUUCUGCCACCAGGAAGGAGUUAAGGACGUGGAUGUGUCCGACCUGAUGAAGAAGCUAGACAUCCUGGGCGAUAACGGGAAUCUGAGAAACGAAGAGCAGGUGGCCAUCAUCCAGGCCGGGACUGUGCUCGCGCUGUGUGAGAAGUGGCUGAAGCAGAUAGAGGGCACCGAGGCGGCCCUGACCCAGAAGAUGCUGGACCUGGAGAAGGAAAAGGACCUGUUCAGCAAGCAGAAGGGCUACCUGGAGGAGGAGCUGGACUACAGGAAGCAGGCCCUGGACCAGGCUCACCUGAAAAUCCAGGAGCUGGAGGCCACGCUGUAUGACGCGCUGCAGCAGGAGCCGGGCCAGAAGGCCAGCAGGGCGCUGAGCGCGGGCCAGCGGGAGGACCUGCAGGCCGCCGUGGAGAAGGUGCGCAGGCAGAUCCUGAGGCAGAGCCGCGAGUUCGACAGCCAGGUCCUGCGGGAGCGCAUGGAGCUGCUGCAGCAGGCCCAGCAGAGAAUCCGGGAGCUGGAGGCCAUGCUGGAGGCCCAGAGGCGGCACCUGAAGGAACUGGAGGAAAAGUUUUUGUUCCUUUUUUUGUUUUUCUCACUAGCAUUCAUUCUGUGGCCUUGAUGACUGCAGGGAGCCAAGAGCUGGGGAUAGAAAAAGAGCUUAUGGGAUGAACUGAGGCCCUAUGGCAACCCCAACCCCACUCAAACCAAAAUCCACAAGCUAUUCCACGUGCAGAGACUUGGACCAGAACCCACAUACUUGACGACGGCUCCAAGGGGGGCCUUUUGGAUCGACAGCGGCCCCGGCCAGCCGAGCUGUAGGAGUUCUGCAGGAAUGAUGGGGAUUGUGUCAAGCUCAGGGCCACAUGAGUCCCCACGGGGGACCUUCAGGAGCCCAAGGGGCAGAGACCUGACUUCCAGGGAACUAAGUGCAAUUACCAGAAACUGAGCCCCGGGAGAGCGUCUGUGCACCCGGGGACAGCCCGUCCCUGCCCGGGCGCUGGCGGACGCAGACCAUGUACAUAUGUCUUCGUGGACGGUGCCCUGGGCACCCAGAGGGACUGGCCAGUGUCCCUGUGAACUGAACCCAAAGCCAAGCCCCAUCCACAAAACCCUCCAGAUGUGUGUGCAGCUGGAUCAGCAGCUGCCCGCCAGAGGGGGGGGCUGGAGCCUCGCUCACUGCGGAGGGCGGACCCCAGGGAACUCCGAUUUCCAUCACUCUCUUGUGUGUGACGUGGAGAAAGUCCCAGAGCAUGACAGGGCCUGGGGCCAUGUGGCGUGAGGACUGCGAGGACAGGCCCCCGCUGACCACACGGGGACUGUCUUUCAUCUUGGCUGUAAUUUGCAAGAGGAAGAAACGCUGGGAAUGACGCUCCUUCUGCAAUGGUCUGAGACCAGGCCGCUCUCCUACAGCCUCGGGGGAGCGGGCAGAGACCAGACGCCGAGUCCAGCCUCCCAGAAGGACAGAGUGGGGCAGCCGAGGAGGCCAGGGCACCAUCUGGUGAGAGGCAAGUCUAGGAGGGGUCCUGGAGGAGACUUUCGGGCAUUGUUG